GUUUCAAAGUAGUCGCGUAGUCGCGUGUUCAUUUUCGGUCGUAGAUUUGCUCUUCCUACAAUCUUCUUAAUUCUUAAACUGGUUAUUCUUAUCCGCAAAAUUUUUCGAACGAUGGAUUCUCAAAGGCAAGUUUAGCCUUGUAGACUUAAUCGUGAAUGCCAUGGUUCUCAACAAGAAGGUGAAACAAAUUCAAGUCGCAGUUGUACCAGAUAUUUGGGUGUCAAGGUUCUGCUACUACCCUAAUUCCAAGAAUGCUCUGCCUUUGGUCAUGAAAAGAGCACCCGUUACAAAAACUUGGACCAAGUAUCAAGCAACCAUAAAAUUAACCUGUGAGGCGUACACAGAAGCUAGGGCCAAGUUGGCUGAAACCAAAUCUGACUUCGACACUCAAGUUUCACAAGAUGAUGAGGCAUCAGCUGUGAAUAAGGGGGGUAGACCCAAAGGUAAAAGAAGACCUACUAAUAAAAACUUUGGUACAGAUGAUUCAGAAGAUGUAGAGAGCAGUGAUUCUGAUUUGGAGGAACAUGACAACGAAGAAGUUGAAAAGGAACCUGCUGUCCCGGCUGGCUUGUGUGCUGUUAAAGAUAAAUCUGCAACAUGGUAUGUACCGCCACUAUCUUCUACAGUACCUUCUAAACAGGGUUUCACUUUUCCACCUGUUGUCAACGAUAUGAAAAUCAGCCAACCAACAGCUGCAUUAGUUAAUCAUUUUGACCAGCCAGCAACAACUACUCCAGCUCGUCAGCCGUAUUUUACUCAAGAAUAUUUGGGUAGUGGAGACAUUUCUAUGAACAACCAGCCACCAGCAAGUAUUUAUCAUCGCGAAAGUUCUAUUCGGCCAAGCACCGUUCCACCGCGUUUUCAACAGCAGCUCUACCCAAGUGCUGAUUCAUGGGAACGUAAAAGUGAAACUCAACAAAUGCAAACCUCCAUAGUAAACGAGACUGUGUAGAAUAAUUACGUCUUGUCUUUAUCAGCUCUAAGUAUCUUGACUAAAUAAUCAUACUUUUUCCAGAUGACCAAUACUCUACAAAUGUUCAACCAGAAUAUUAGUGCUCGUCACAGCCUGGAAUUUCUGGUUUUCAGAACACACACAAUUUACUCAAAUUGGUGUUGUGAGCAUUUUGCCCGAGACUCCUUUAUUAACUAAAAAUCUUUCAAACAACACUCUCGAUCCAGUUUCACUUCUGCCUCGGAGCGAUCUUGCUAGU